CUCAAGGUGGAGUGGGGGAACAAUGGCGGGCGGGGCAAACACAAACCAACCAAUGCAAAUAUCCGCAAUGGUCCUAGAAGACACUCAAUCUCUGACCGUUGAGAUGGGUCCUCGCAAGUCGCAACGACUCUCUCUUUGAUUUAACGGUACAGAUCUGAUGUCUUGACUUCGAACGUUGCAGUCUUCUCCUCCUCGGCCGUCCUUCCCCAAUUUGCAUCUGCAGUUCAGUUCUUCCGGGCUCUCGCCAUUUGCAGUUCAGUUUCCACAAUCCACAAGACCAAGCCACCUGAUUCCCGCGAAAUUCUCGGGUCGAUUGAUUCGUUCGAGUUGCUUCUGAGGGGUCAUCGAUUCGAAUCGGGAUUGACUGUAUCUAAAUCGUCGUCCUUUAUUCUUCUGGUUGCUCCUCCCAAAUGCGGAAGAGCGAUUCCUUCAAGUAUCCGGCGCAGGGUACAGAGUCGCGGCAUCCAUGGAGCGGUGAUUUGGGGUUCGGCGGCAGCGAUAGGAGGUACGCUUACUCCCGCCAAUCUUCGUUUCGCCAGCCGCAGGAUCUUCCCGGCAGCCCGAUUUCCUUCCUGCCCAAUGACGCGGGGAAGCCUUUUCUCUCCCGAACCUCCUCCAGCAUCGAUAUGCCGCCGGAGAUCUAUAAUUACUCAUUCAAUUACCAAAAGGACGGUGCUUUUGGCGAUUCCAAUGACUCGGCCGCCGGAGGGAAAAGCGAGAAAUUGUCGGUGGUAUCCGCGUUUAGGGCCAUAAGGUAUGGGAACCGGCAAAUGAAGAGGCUUUUCCUGAUGAUUUUCCUCAACGUUGCUUAUUCUACGACCGAGUUCGGGAUUGGGCUAAUUAGUGGCCGUGUCGGUUUGGUGUCUGAUGCAUUUCAUUUGACAUUCGGGUGUGGUCUUCUUACAUUCUCCUUGUUUUCUAUGGCUGCUUCUCGGAAAAAGCCUGAUCAUGUUUACACUUACGGGUAUAAAAGGCUUGAAGUGUUAUCCGCUUUUACUAAUGCUCUGUUUCUGCUGUUCAUGUCAUUCUCCUUGGCAGUGGAAGCUCUUCAUGCAUUUGUACAAGAUGAAUCUGAGCACAAGCAUUAUUUGAUUGUCUCUGCAGUGACAAAUUUGGGGGUGAAUCUUAUUGGUGUCUGGUUCUUCAGGAACUAUGCCCGCGUAAAUAUUGUCUACAGAAAUGCCGAAGACAUGAACUACCAUUCAGUAUGCUUGCAUGUCCUUGCUGACUCCAUUCGAAGUGCAGGGUUGAUACUGGCAUCGUGGUUGUUGUCGCUUGGGGUUAAGAAUGCGGAGGUUCUGUGCUUGGGUCUAGUUUCUGUUACGGUAUUUAUGCUUGUCAUGCCUCUUUUCAAGGCAACCGGGCGAGUGUUGCUUCAAAUGGCACCACCAAGCAUUCCACCUUCAGCAUUGAGCAAGUGCUCGAGACAGAUCUCUGCUUGUGAAGAUGUGUCUGAGGUUUCUGAAGCCCGUUUCUGGGAAUUGGUUCCAGGCCACGCGGUUGGUUCCAUCUCAUUGCAGGUGAAGGGCGGAGCGGAUGAUCGGCAGGUGCUAGAAUUUGUACAUGGGCUGUACCAUGAUUUGGGGGUGCUGGAUCUCACUGUCCAGACUGAUCAGGAAUGAAUACCAAGUUUUCAGCUUUAGCUGUAUGUUUUGAGUUUUCUGUCUCAGUUGCAACUCCAUUUUCAUUUAGCAGGAUGGAUAGUCUACAACAGAUCCAGCGGAUAUGACAUCUUUUGAGACUAGUAUUUCAUUGUUUUUGAUAGAUAGAGAUAUUUUUAUCAGCACUGACUGUUCAUUGUUAAACAUAAACACAGCUAUUUCGA